AUGAAAAACGGUUCUCCUUUGGGUUGUUGUAUUCCUUCCGGAGAGCGUCAGAAUAUGAAUCCCGUAUUUAAGCAGCAGUAUGUAAACGAGGGUGGGAAGAUAAAAAUGGCAGUGCCAUUGUCACCAAUGCAUUACAUAACCAAUGCCAACGUUUAUGGGUACGAUGAGAGGUUUCCACCCAGAUUCGACCCCUCGUUUGCCUACUACAAUGAGAGGAUUUACAAGCCUAGGAAUAUGGAUUUUGAGUACAAGGAGCAGAAAUUCGUAACUCCUGCAAUGUCAUUUAUUACUCAGCCGAGGAGAAACAUGUCAGCGCAGGUCAUUGACUCCAACUCACAAAUGCAAGAAAUUAGCAGAUCCAACAGCAUCAACUUUGCCCAAAUCCUCACGAGCAUUAACGAAAAACUCUCGAAAAUUGAAUUCAUGUGCAAAAAUAACCAAGAGGAUAUCUACGAAAUCAAACAUCUCAUCAAACCACAUCAUAAGGAGGGAGUGAUUGAGGGUGGUACGAGAUUAGUAAUUAGGAAGUUAAACUCUGGUCAAACACUCAAGAGGGAAGACGGAAGAAUAGGAGAUGAAAACCCUGUAAACUCCAAGAGUGAACCCCCGACUCAUACUGAAUCACUUUGUCACGACCAGUUGGUUACAGUGGCAUCUGAGAUGACGAGAGUUGACGAUAAGAUGCUGGAUUUGUCGGAGGAACUAAAAAAUUCAAAUGACAUGUUGGAACACUAUGUUAGGAAUGUGAAGUUUGAUAAUUUAACUUGUUUGGAGAAUAAACUCGAUGUCAUGUCAAGUGACUUUGCCAAGAUUCGAGGUGAGAUUCAACCGUUUGAUGUGAAGCCGAAAGCUGAACCUGAGGGCGUCUCAAUGCUAUCCAACAUUGAAUCCAAGUUCAAGAAACUAUUUUCAAGGUUUGAUUCCAAUCCUGAAAAUUCAUUAGCACUCAAACCUAUGGAACCCAGUAACCAAAAUGAAACAGGGGGGAGUAUUGUGAAACUUGGAGAAACUAUGAACACACCUGAAUCCAACACUGAAUCUAUGGAAUCAACUAAAACUGUGGAAAUAAGUGUUAAAAUUCCGGAAAUAACAGGGAAAACUGGGGAAAUUAGCACUAAAACGGGUGCCGCAGUGUUAUCGGGUGAGAUGAUGAAUUUGUUAAAGGGAUUACCACUGGAUUCUAAAAUUAAUGAAAUUGGCCUCACUGAAGAUGAAAUUGUCUUUCUCCGAAACCUGAAUCAUACCAACUCAGACUCGCUUGGCACAGCUCACACACAUACUCAUACUCACACACAUGAUACUGAUACUAAAUCGGUGAAUUUGGCUGAGUUUGAUGAGAAAGAAUCUGAUGAUGAUUUUGGAUGUCGAUUGUUGGCGCCAACGAGAGCCGAUUUCACGCCACUCCUGGACGACUCCAUCCACGACUUAAACUCCUCCUCAUUCAGUUAA